AUGGCCAACGACAUACAACGUCGAGUGGCCGUUUUCACCGGGCGGUUGCCAGGUGGAAAGCGAUUGUCGCCGAACCAGAAGCCGAAUCCCUGGCGUGCAAGCUGGCAGAUUGUGAACACGGUGGGGGCUUACGUCGCGUUGUGGUACCUGAUCUAUCUGAGUCUGGCUGUUUCCUGGUGGUUGACGGUUCCGCUGGCGAUCCUGGCUGGCGGAUUUCUGAUUCGAAUAUUCAUUAUUUUCCAUGAUUGCGGUCAUAACUCAUUUUUCAAGUCACAUGCGGCCAACGCAACCUGGGGCUUCAUCACUGGCGUACUCACCUUCACACACUACUACCACUGGCGCUGGGAACAUGCCGUACAUCACGCCACAACCGGACACCUUGAACGCCGUGGUGUUGGCGAUGUGUGGACACUAACGGUUGAAGAGUACCUUGCCUCUUCGCGGUGGAAAAAGUCUGGCUAUCGACUGGCAAGAAACCCACUCAUACUGUUUUUUGUUGCGCCUCUUUAUCUGUUCCUGAUCCGUCAGCGGUUCCCAUCCAGCGGCGCCCGGCGAAGGGAGAGGACUUCGGUGAUGAUCAUGAACGUUUCAGUAGGUAGUGUGGCGGCGGUUUUAAUUGCCAUAUUCGGUUUCUUGCCGUGGUUGUUUAUUCAGCUGAUCAUUAUUGGUGUUGCUGGUUCCUGCGGGGUUUGGCUUUUUUACGUGCAGCACCAGUUUGAGGAUGCCUACUGGGAGCGCGGUGAAGACUGGGAUUACACCACCGCGGCGCUCCAGGGCAGUUCGUUCUAUAAGCUACCUAGAGUGCUGCAGUGGUUUUCAGGCAACAUCGGCUUUCAUCAUAUUCACCACCUCAGCGCGAGAAUCCCAAACUACAAUCUUGAACGCUGCCAUCGUUCGGAUCCCAUGUUCGCGGAGGUGCAACCAAUGAGCCUGUUUGGCAGCUUGAAGUCGAUCAGCUACCGAUUGUGGGAUGAGCAAUCCAACAAGCUCAUCAGCUUUGCGCAACUGAACCACCUGAAAAAGCAGGCGAAGGACUAUGAGCAUCGCAAAACAGAUAGCAAGCAUGAUAAAAAACAGGAAGCAGAUCAUCAGAACGGCACACAUUGA